AAGGGGCGGAGCCUCAUGAGGCGGGGCGAGGGCCUCCCUCGCCCUCUCGGCCUGGAGGAGGGGCUCAUGAAUAAUGCACCAAUCUGGUAGGGUUAAUAAUACAUGAGGGGCGGGGCUUAGGGCGCAUUGCUGCAGCGAGCGGGCUGGGCAGAGCAGAGGUCCAGGCUCCUUGGUGUCCCUCCCGCUCGCCCGGUGCCGCAGUGCCAGGGCCUGUGUCCCGCCGCGUGCAAGCCCCCCCCUGCCCACACAGGCCAGCCGGGCCCCCGCCGGAGGCUGCAGGAUGUCUCGGCCGCUGUCGGAUUAUGAGAAAAGGAAGCAGAUUAGCGUGCGGGGCCUGGCCGGGGUGGAGAAUGUCUCCGACCUCAAGAAGAACUUCAACCGGCACCUGCACUUCACGCUGGUGAAGGACCGGAACGUGGCCACCCCCCGGGACUACUACUUCGCCCUGGCGCACACGGUGCGCGACCACCUGGUGGGCAGGUGGAUCCGCACCCAGCAGUACUACUACGAGAAGGACCCCAAGCGCAUCUAUUACCUGUCGCUGGAGUUCUACAUGGGCCGCACCCUGCAGAACACCAUGGUGAACCUGGGGCUGCAGAACGCCUGCGACGAGGCCAUCUACCAGCUGGGCCUGGACAUGGAGGAACUGCAGGAGAUCGAGGAGGACGCUGGGCUGGGGAACGGAGGCUUGGGGCGCCUGGCAGCCUGUUUCCUGGACUCCAUGGCCACCCUGGGACUGGCCGCCUACGGCUAUGGCAUCCGCUAUGAGUUUGGCAUCUUCAACCAGAAGAUCUCUGGGGGCUGGCAGGUGGAGGAGGCUGAUGAUUGGCUGCGCUAUGGCAACCCCUGGGAGAAGGCCCGGCCUGAGUACAUGAUCCCAGUGCACUUCUAUGGGCGCGUGGACCACGGGCCUGAUGGCACCAAGUGGGUCGACACGCAGGUGAUCCUGGCUCUUCCCUACGAUACACCCAUACCUGGUUACCGCAACAACACUGUCAACACCAUGCGCCUCUGGUCCGCCCGGGCCCCCAACGAGUUCAACCUCAAGGACUUUAACGUUGGUGGUUACAUCCAAGCUGUGCUGGACAGGAACUUGGCCGAGAACAUUUCUCGGGUGCUGUACCCCAAUGACAACUUCUUCGAGGGCAAGGAGCUGCGUCUGAAGCAGGAGUACUUUGUGGUGGCGGCCACCCUGCAGGACAUCAUCCGCCGCUUCAAAUCCUCGAAAUUCGGCAGCCGGGACCCCGUCCGCACCUCCUUUGAUGCCUUCCCUGACAAGGUUGCUAUCCAGCUGAACGACACUCACCCCUCCCUGGCCAUCCCUGAGCUCAUGAGGGUGCUGGUUGAUAUUGAGAAACUGGACUGGGACAAGGCCUGGGACAUCACGGUGCGGACCUGCGCCUACACCAACCACACAGUGCUGCCUGAGGCCCUGGAGCGCUGGCCCGUCCAUCUCUUGGAAACCCUCCUGCCCCGGCACCUGGAGAUCAUCUAUGAAAUUAACCAGAGAUUCCUUGAUAGAGUCAAUGCCAUGUACCCCGGGGACUUCGACCGACUGCGACGCAUGUCCUUAGUGGAGGAGGGCAGCAUCAAGAGGAUCAACAUGGCGCACCUGUGCAUCGUGGGCUCCCAUGUCAUCAACGGGGUCGCCCGCAUCCACUCCGACAUCCUCAAGAAGACUAUUUUCAAGGAUUUCUAUGAGCUUGAGCCGCACAAAUUCCAGAACAAAACCAAUGGGAUCACACCUCGGCGCUGGCUGGUUCUGUGCAAUCCAGGGCUGGCUGAGGUCAUUGCCGAGCGUAUCGGGGAGGAAUACAUUUCUGACCUCGACCAUCUGAAAAAGCUUCUGGCCUUCGUGGAUGAUGAGGGAUUUAUCCGGGAUGUCGCCAAAAUUAAACAGGAGAACAAGCUGAAGUUCGCUGCCUAUCUGGAGGAGGAGUACAAGGUGAAGAUCAACCCGAACUCCCUCUUCGACGUGCAGGUGAAAAGGAUCCAUGAGUACAAGAGGCAGCUGCUCAACUGCCUCCACGUCAUCACCCUCUACAACCGGAUCAAGAAGGAGCCCAACCAGUAUUUUGUGCCACGCACCGUCAUGAUCGGCGGCAAGGCUGCCCCUGGCUACCACAUGGCCAAGAUGAUCAUUAAGCUGGUCACGGCCAUCGGGGACGUCGUCAACAACGACCCCGUCAUCGGCGACCGCCUCAAGAUGAUCUUCUUGGAGAACUACCGCGUCUCCCUGGCUGAGAAGGUGGUCCCGGCGGCCGACCUGUCCGAGCAGAUCUCCACAGCCGGCACAGAGGCCUCGGGCACCGGCAACAUGAAGUUCAUGCUGAAUGGGGCGCUGACCAUCGGCACCAUGGACGGCGCCAACGUGGAGAUGGCAGAGGAGGCGGGCGAGGAGAACUUCUUCAUCUUCGGCAUGCGGGUGGAAGACGUGGAAGAGAUGGACAGGAAAGGCUACUGUGCCAAGGACUAUUACGACCGCAUCCCCGAGCUCAGACAGGUGAUGGACCAGCUGAGCAGCGGCUUCUUCUCCCCCAAACAGCCCGAGCUCUUCAAGGACAUUGUCAACAUGCUGAUGAACAAUGACAGGUUCAAAGUGUUUGCGGAUUACGAAGCCUACAUCAAAUGCCAGGAGAAUGUCAGCGCCCUCUACAGGAACACCAAGGAAUGGACCAAGAAGGUCAUUAAAAACAUCGCCACCUCUGGCAAGUUCUCCAGCGACCGCACCAUCGCGCAGUACGCCCGUGAGAUCUGGGGUGUCGAGCCCACCCGCCACAAAAUCCCUGCACCUGACGAUCCCCGUGAAUAGCCCCCCCGAGGCCUGCCUGACCUUGCCCCCAUCACCAACCAAGCGCCACUGGGUGCCAGCAAACAGACACUGCACUGGCUUCCCCCAGACGCUCAGCCUGUCCCCCAUUGUGUGCGGGGACCUUUUCCCCCCUCUCUGUGUGUGGGAUCCCCCCUGUACCCUGCCCAGGGAGAACUGGCCGCUUCCUCCUGCCUCUGCCUAGCUGAGGAUAAGCAGAGGGACAUUUGGAUUCCUGUCCCUCCCCCCACAUUCCAUGGAAUUUGGGGAUGAAGAAGCCCAGAGAAAUGAGAUGCUGGGGGUUAACUUCCCCCUCUCUCUCCCCCUCAUAACAUGCUAUUUAUUUAAGGAUGAGAAAUCCCCCCCCCCCCCCUUUAAAAACCCCCACCCAACCCAUUUAGUGGGUGAACACCCAGCUAUGUUUUGGAGCACACCCAUUCUGUAGGUUGAAAUCCUAUGGUCCCCCAUCUAUUAACGAGCCAGAAGGUGUGCCAGUUCCCUAGGGGAGGGAGGGGAGGCAUGGGAGUUGUCCUUCGCAGGCCCCCAGCACUGUGACCCUCUUCCUAGCACACCACUUUUGCACCCCGCUCCACCCCCCAGCUUUGUGUGUGAUGAUCUGGGGUGGGGUGCCCUGCCUCUGCUACCCUGAUGUGGUUUUAAAUUUGGGGGAUCAGUCCCCACCUACUAGAGACUUUUAAAAUAAACAGAGUCACGGCCCCCAGCUUACAUCUCUGUCCAUACAUCCGUCCCCCUGCUCCGCAUUCACCCCAGGGCAGUAUCAGUGCCUAGUGCUAACCCCCACAUAGCUCAUUGCUACCACUUGAAGUGUUGUGUGUGGUUUUUUUUCUUCCUGGUUUGGGGGAAGCCGGCAGGUAUGGGUGUCAGGACUCCUGGGUUCUAUUCCCAGCUCUAGGAGGGGAGUAGGGUCUAGUAGUUAGACCAAAGAGGGAAAGAGAAUCAGGACUCCUGCGUUAUACCCCUAGCCCUAUUGCUGUACCUCAGUGCAUACUGUUUUUCCUAGGCCAUAAGACUCCCAUCCCACAGCCAAUAGAACCCAGGUGUCCUGCCAUGUACUUGCUGGCCGUUUAGGGGGCAUUUUUGUUUGUUGUUUUUAGGGGUCCUUUAUAACUUACGGCAGGGAGCCUGUACAAAUACCCUGUGACUUUCAACUCUUAAUGUGGGGCAGGUGGAAUGGAACAGGCUGGGGAUUUGUUGGUAAUUUUAAUGAUGGCCCUAUAUGUGUGUGUCCCAGCCACUGCCUGCACUGGGUGGGGAGUCCUAGGAGCUGUGGGGUAUACCGCUCUACCCCCCGCUUUCCCCAGCUGUGGAGGUCUGGGGCUGUGAGCCAGCAAUAAAGAUGACACUCAACACUC